AUGGAACGAAUCAAAGACCGGCACAUUGUCAGAAAAAAGGGAAAAAAGGGAACAGAAAUCAGACUAUUUGGAAGUGAAACCAGUGAAAAUGAUGAGAUUACUACACUCUCAAAUGUUGGUGAAGGAGUCAUUGAUUCAUCACGAAUUCCAGAAUCGAUUGACGAAAGAACUACAAUCCGAGUCAUCACUGUUCACGUGGAGAGUUCUGAUGUUAUUCGAUUGUUGACGUGGCAGAAUAUCCGAUGGUCUUCUGAUGACUCGUCUCGGUCCAAAUCGAUUACUACUUCUUGGUGGAAUCGGAAUACGGAGAACUGA